CCGCUGCUGCAGAUGACCGUGCCGCGGCUCCAGCUGCAGGCAAACAAGAGUGACCGCGACGACUACGACCGCGCGCUGCUCGACUACUUCCUGCCGUACCAUGUGCUGGCCGACCUGAUGUGCCGGGUGGCCAUCAACCACGACCUGCUGAGCGAACCACUGGUCAACCUGAGCGCGCUGCUCGGCAUCGAGGGCGUGCCACUCCACCUGGCGCAUUUCGCCAAACUCUGGAUAGACGUGCAUCAGACCAAGGCGAUGGAGAAACACAUCGGCCGCCUGCUCAGCUGCGGCUACCUGGCCGAGUACCUGGAGCGGGUGCUGACCGCCGCCCGGCCCUCGCUCACAAACAGCGUCAUCUACAAGUUUUGCUCCCUCUUCCUGCCCAAGGUGACCGGCGAGCGGGGUGCCGGCGGCGCGCAGGCGGCGGCGGUGGCCGCUCAGCUGGGGCCGCUCGUCGACCAGGUGACGACCGAGCUGGUCGAGCUGAGCGCCGCGGCCGGCGGUGGCGGCUCGCCGGGCGCAGAGGCGACGGCGCUCGGGGCCGCGGACGCGACCGACGAGGAGUCGGCCGGCGGCGGCUGGCGACCGGCGCUGGCACGCGCCCUUCAGCAGCUGCUCGACCAGCUGUCCGCCAGCAAGGCUUGUGAUCGUAGACUGUAG